UCUGUUUUUACGGUUUAAGACUAAGUAGUAAUUUUUCUCUGAUUUUCUUGAAGGCUGUUGUGACUUUGGCCAGACUUUGCAACCAGCGAUUAUAUCAUCUUCGGUACGAUCUAGUGUGGUGCGAAAACCCAGCACAAACAUGGCAUCAUCAUGCAGCCUUUCCCAGCCCUGUGGCGCGUUCGGUCUCAUGCUCGAAGUCAAAACCCAUGCUGUUGUUCUGCGUGACUGCGCUACAUCAGGUUCCCGGUACGUGGACAAUGCCGGUGCCAGACUCGCUACGGAACAAUCUUCCCUGUCAGAUGUAAAGGCACGUCAUAAUGAGACUCGAGCUGCCGUAAAGCCUGGCACCACUGCCACACAGGCGAUUUCGUUCCGAUGUUGAAGAACUCAUUAAACAGUCUCCAGCCGACCAAGAGCGCCACUUUGCUAAGAUGCGCCAGCGAGUUCAGGAAGAGUUUGAUCGCGCGGCAACUCAGCGCUCCUUGUGGAUGAGCACGGCGACAGCUGCGCUUCACGGCGCCAUCGGUGCCGCUGUUUCGCUCAGUGCUUUACAGAUCCCGGAGGCUGAAGAGAUGCGCAUCGAUAUGCUGGAAAUGUACCAGGACUUCGUGGCAUGUGCAGACCGCGCCAGAGUCAUGGAAGAGGGCCUGCUGCGCUGUGGAUUGGACAUGGUAAUUCUGGAAGAGGAAUACAUCGAGGAGGUGAAACUCAUUCAGGCGGAAAAUAAGAGCCAAACGCAGUCUUAGAUCAGUCUGGAACCGGAACUGAACGGCCCAUGCCUGACUUACUGGACGUUAAUAUUCUGAUUAACACUGACCUGAAAAUGUUUCUAAAAAGCAGCAGUGACGAUUUUGCGCGUUUAAUUUACUCAUAUACCACGGUUUUUCUUUAAGUUUGCAUAAAAGCGGUGACGUUUUCUUGGUGUUUGCGUUUUCUCCUACUCUGUUUUCUCCCGAUCUUUCGGAGCAGUAAUUUGUCGUGAACUGGGAAACUUUCGUGUGAAGACUGCAACUUGCGCUUGCAUAGGCA